AUGCCUAGAAUGUUGGAAUUCGCUUUACCCAGCAAGGGCAUCCGCCGGUUUGCCUUUGUGAUGAUCCGCUGGUUUCAGGUCGAGAAAUGUUUGCCUGCUGUUGUCAACUUUUGGAAGGAAGUCAAUGAAAGGCGACAGCAAAGAGAAGACGAGGAAGCUGCUGUCCGGACUGCCUCAUUAGGCCACCUUCAUAUCUUUGGGCAAUCAGUGGUUUACCAAAUAUGGCCAGAAAAUGCAAAAGGAGAACAGAACAGGAACAAUACUUGUGCAAGGAGAGACCAAACCAGCCCUGGUGAUUAUGCUGAUUCUUGUGACUCAGUGCUCAUGGUUGAGAUCAAUGAGACCACCAGCAACAAAGAGUGUGAAGCAACAAGUGAAGAGGAGCACAUGAUAGAGAUGCAGUCCAAUGAUGCACAAGAACUUGAAGACAAGGAUACU